AUGUGGGAGUGGGUCAACGUCUCAACGUUGAGGCACGCCCGCGAGCGGCGGCCAGGGGCUUCUCCCCGAUCGCGGCUAACUCGUCUGGAGAUGCUUAUGCCGUGUGGGAACAAACUGGUUACACCCAAGCUUAGCAGAGGUCAGCAGUUAGACGCUUCUAUGGUGCACAAGAUCUUCAGAAGAGCACCGCUGUAUAUUAGGCCGUCAGUAGCCCUGGACUGCCUGGAGCCUACGAUGAGGGAAGGCUGUGACUCAAGUACAGAGGAAGAUGACUGGGUGGAAGAGGAGGACAUGUUUGUCCCAGCCACUGCAGUUGCCCAGGCUUCAUGCAGCACCGAACAGAAAGCCCAAGCUUCUUCAUCGCAGCCCUCCACUAGUGACCAGACCCCUAAUUGUUGGCCAUACUCUAGACCUCACCUCUAUGCCCCAGCCACUGCAGUUGCCCAGGCUUCAUGCAGCACCCAACAGGAAGUCCAAAUGUUCUCAUCACAGCCCUCCACUAGUGACCAGACCCCUAAUUGUUGGCCAUACUCUAGACCUCACCUCUAUGCCCCAGCCACUGCAGUUGCCCAGGCUUCAUGCAGCACACAACAGAAAGCCCAAGCUUCUUCAUCACAGCCCUCCACUAGUGACCAGACCCCAAGUCAAUGGCAAAACGAUUAUGGAACGUACAUCAACCUCAUACAUGAGACAUCAGAUGAAGAUAAUGAUGAUGACCUGUACAGUGCUAUCAUUGCCAGUAUUGAGGAUCAGACGCAGCCAAAAGAAGACAUCCCCAUUAGUCAAAUAUUGAAUGAACUCAGUGACAAAAUUGAUAGCCUGCAAGUGUGCAAGUUCAACAUCAAUCGUUCUGCAGUCCUCGAUGGAGCAAUAAGGGGGUUCAGACGGCUCUCCUAUGACCCAAAUAAGAAGAUGUCCGUAAAGUUUUCCGAUGACAGGGGAACCACGGAGGAGGCUGUGGACCUCGGUGGCCCUCGCCGAGAGUUUCUACGUCUGCUGAUGGAAACACUGGCAGAGUCAGACAUGUUUGAAGGAACAGAGGGACACCUCAACUUGGCUCUCAGUUCCUCUGCUGUGCGGGAGGACAGAUAUUUCAUAGCUGGCAGAGCAAUUGCUGUCAGCCUGGUUCAUGGAGGCCCUCCACCAUGUUUCCUGUCGAGAACGCUCUUUGCCUGCAUAGCAGAGGGACCUGAUGGAUGUAGGCCUGUACUGGAGGACAUUACAGACAUGGAACUCUAUAGUAAACUAAAACAGAUUUCUGAAGCCAAAACACUGGAGGAGCUGCGACAGUUUACAGAGCCACUCACUGACUACCUAGCCACUGCUGGCUGCUUGAGACAUCUUACAAGCCUGGUUGACAAGGACAAACUGUUGGAAGAUGUCCUGAUGUUUCAGGUGGUUCAGCGUGUCCGUGGUCCCUUGGAAAGGUUCAGUGAUGGAUUGAGAACUCUUGGAGUGCUCCAGAAAAUAAAACAUCAUCCUGAAGCCUUUCGCCCUGUCCUGUGCUACUGCCCUGGGACCCUGACUGCUGAAAUUAUGGAUCACCUGUUUGCCAUAAGAUGGUCCGAGAUGGGAAGCAAUAACAGGGCGGAUGAGAACAGGGUGGUUGCCUACUGGAGGGAUUAUUUACAGGACGCUGAAGAGGACGAAGGACCGCCAAAGCUGGGAGACAUUCUGUCAUUUGCAACAGGGUGCGAUGUGAUGCCACCCAUCGGGUUUUCUCCUAAACCGUCUCUGGAAUUCCAAAGAGGGAGAUACCCGAUAGCAAACACAUGUGUAAACUGUCUCAGAAUACCUCUUCACCAGUCCUACGAGGACUUCAAGAGUAACAUGGACUUUGCAAUCCGAAACACUCAGGGAUUUGGAAUGGAGUAA